GUUUUUGUGUACAUGGACAGCUUUUAAAAUCUGAAUGCUUUUGGUUGAUGUAGUGCAAGAUGCGCUAAAGCAGAAUUAGUAUCUACUUCUGUACCAGGUUAAAGGGCUAAUCUUACCUGCAAGUUUGCACUUUGACACAGGGGCCGUAUAUAGGCACGUGCCCCAUCAACGAGGUCAGCCACAUCUCUGCUGCCUCGCGUCCGAUCCUUAACUCGGGUGUCGAGCUGAGUGCAGUUUUAAUUUGAAAACGCCACAGAUCAUCGUUUUACUUGUCACUUGUCACCACAUCGUAUUAUCAUCGUGUCCUUGAUUAUCAUCGCAAGAAAUGCCACAAGAAGUACUGAGUCUUCACAUCGGUCAGGCCGGCGUGCAGCUGGGCAGUGCCUGCUGGGAGCUGUACUGUCUGGAGCACGGCAUCCAACCUGACGGGAGGCCAUCGGAGUCAAAGGUCAACGAUGAGGACCAAAUGCAGCCCAAUGGGCAGGUCGAUGGAGACCGCGAGAAUUAUUUUACCUUCUUCAGCGAAGCUGGUUCGGGCAAGCGGGUACCGCGAGCCAUCUUUGUGGACCUCGAGGCCAAUGUCGUAGAUGAGGUGCGGUCAGGACCGUAUCGACAGCUAUUCCAUCCCGACCAGAUGAUGACGGGCAAGGAAGACGCCGCCAACAACUUCGCGCGCGGUCAUUACACCGUAGGCAAGGAGAUGGUGGACGGUGUUGUGGAGCGAAUCCAAAAGAUGGUUGAGCAGUGCGACGGUUUGCAGGGCUUUAUGCUCUUCCAUAGCCUCGGGGGAGGAACAGGAUCCGGGUUUGCCUCCCUGCUGGCUGAACGCCUUUCAGUGAGCUUCGGCAAGAAGUCCAAGCUGGAGGUGACCAUCUACCCGGCACCUCAGAUGUCUACUUCCGUAGUGGAGCCAUAUAACGCCGUGCUGGCCACCCACAGCCUGCUGGAGCACAGUGACUGCUCCUUCUUGCUAGACAACCAGGCCAUCUUCCAGCUGUGCAAGACGAAGCUCGACGUGGAUCGACCUUCCUACUCCAACCUCAACCGCCUCGUAUGCCAGGCCAUUUCAGCCAUCACGGCUUCCUUGCGAUUCAAAGGAUGUCUGAACGUCGACCUCAACGAGUUCCAGACAAAUCUUGUACCCUACCCGCGCAUCCACUUCCCACUCACCACCAUGGCACCCAUCCUGUCUGCAGAAAAGGCCCACAGCGAGCAGAUCACAGUCAGCGACAUCACGAAUGCCUGCUUCGAGCCCAACAACCAGAUGGUGCUGUGCGACCAGCGGAAGGGCAAGUACAUGGCCUGCUGCAUGCUCUACCGGGGUGACGUCACGCCCAAAGACGUCGCUUCCGCCAUCGCCAAAAUCAAGACAAAGCGCACAAUACAGUUCGUCGACUGGUGUCCUACAGGCUUCAAAGUGGGCAUCAACUACCAACCACCAACGGUGGUACCAGGCGGCGAUCUGGCCAAGGUGCCUCGAGGUGUGACCAUGCUGACCAACACAACAGCCAUAGCUGAGGCUUGGUCCCACCUAGACCACAAAUUUGACUUGAUGUUCGCCAAGCGUGCUUUUGUGCACUGGUUUGUUGGAGAGGGCAUGGAGGAGGCAGAAUUUUCCGAAGCUCGGGAAGAUCUUGCAGCUCUAGAGAAGGAUUAUGAGGAAGUUGGAGCUGAUUAUGUGACUUCAAAUGGUGAUGAAGCAGACGAAGCAGAAUACUAGAUAGGGACAGAAAGCUGUAAUACAUGUAGUUUCUAUAAAUAAAGCACAUUGGGAUAAUCAUUUGUGUAAAGCUGUUCGACAACAGCUGUGCUGCAGCAAGAACUGGGAUAGAACUGUGUAUCUAAAUUGUGGUCAAAAAUAGCUUAUGUACAUCCAACAUUUUGAAUACUGUGCUGGAUUCACUAACAUUUCAUGGACUUUGAAAAAAAAAUUAAUUGAUGAAUUAAUAGGUACCUGGAAAGCAACACAUCGUAAUCAGUCUUGUAUGAGUGAGCAAGUAAACAAAGUCCUGCAAUGUC